CAUUUCUCAAUUGAAUAAAAACCUAAAUAACUCAAAUAGAAGUUAUCAAGGAGUUUAUGGAAAUACAACCACAAGAUCUCCAGAAGAAAUGAAAAAUCAAAUUGAUAAAGUAUUUAAUUCUUUAAUGAAUGCUGAAAAUAUUCCAGAAGCGCAGCCUGAUCCGCGCCUUAUUACACCAUUAUAUAAACAUCAAAAACAAGCUCUAUAUUUCCUUUUGGAACGUGAAAAAUACAAUGAUUUUACUAACGACGAAACCAACGCAUUGACAUCUCUUUGGCGCACGGGAACAAGUGCUGGACGCCAUACAGUUUAUUACAAUGUCAUUACAAAUAAGGAAAUAAAAGAAAAACCCCAAAUGAGGGGCGGGAUUGUAGCUGAUGAC